AUGAAUGGUCUUAGGGCCCAGAUAUCAUAUCUCCAAGAGAAAGUGCUCAAGCUGGAGGGUAAGCCCGUCAAUCCUGUGGGUUCGAAGUAUAAGAUUCUCUACCGUAUCGAGAAGGAUAACAAAUCUCGACGCAUGGGUCGAGAGUGGGACAUCGACGAGAGUUUCAGAUCUCCAUGGAUGGGAACUUUCACCGAUCCCCCUGAGGACGUCCACAGCGCCAUUGGAUCCCCUUAUCUACGUUGCAAUGACUGGCUGACCAAUUUUGAGCUUUACCUGGCUCUGAACACAGACAUAUCAUUUGCGUAUGGGAAGCCAGCGCCAUUCAGCGAAACCAUUCUGCCUGUUUCCGAGGAGCUCAAUGAGGUCUUUGAAGAGAUGCUGAGGGGUCAGGAAUUCAGCUCGAUGUAUCAUGGCUACCAGUCCUCUCGAAAAGUAACGACGCCUUAUCUCUUCGGUUAUCACAACAGAUCCAAAGUGGCCGUCAUGAGACACGGGCUGAGGGACCUGGCUCAGCAGCAACUAAACCUCUUCAUGGAUUAUGUCCAAGAGACCUGUGGUGAAGAGUAUGCUACUGCGGACAGUUUGCUCAACAAGGGCCACAUCCGCCCGGAGUACGUCCAAUACCUGUUCAGGCCGAACGAGAUCUUGGUUUCAAACAACAACAAUGAGUACACGGGAUAUAUGGCGGUAGACUGGCUUCUUCAACACGAGGGAUAUUUUGGAUCCGAACAAACUUCCUCAUGGAUUGUCAAGGGCCAGACCUGGCAGUUUGAUGGCAGUUUGAUGGCAAGCAACAGCAUGUCUCGAAAACGCCACGAAAUACGUUGGUCUCUUAAUGAUGAUCCAAUGGUUGACACGCUUGGCCGGGAGGCGGCUGAAGACUCAUCCUCGGCUCAGACCAACUCGGACAAUAAUUGUGCUAUCACUGACCUUGCUGUGUUCCCGGUCAAGUACGCAUCAAGUGAAAUUGUUCAGAUGCUUCUAAGACGCGGCGAGACCUUCUGGAAGCUCCGUGGACAUCGAUAUGUUUCCUACCAUGCCACAGAGGAGGAAAACUUCCAGACUAUGGCCGACGACCGAUACAUCAUAGAUAUGAAAACGCACAAGCGAUUGCAUCCAGGUUCUCCCACGGUUCCACCUACACGUACAAGCUUGCUUGAUGACCGAGCCAUGGCCAAAGGCUCGCCUCCGGAUGAGACGCUCCAACUAUUGAUGCCCCCCAGAAUUGUCGGGUUCAACCUUCGCCGCAAGAAAUGGUUCAAGCUCUGCACCGACCGCAUCUCCGAUGUAGUCUGGAACAAAGAAGCCUUCAAAAGCCUGGCCAUCGAAUCAAAAUCCCGAGACCUAAUCCAAGCACUUGUCACUAACCACCUUGAAACCGAGUAUUCGGCAGACCUCAUCGCUGGCAAGGGCAACGGCCUCAUCUUGCUGUUACGCGGUGGCCCAGGAACAGGUAAGACACUGAAUGCAGAGAGUGUCGCCGACAUCGCAGAGCGACCUCUUUACCGUGUAACCUGCGGCGAUGUGGGCACCAAGCCCGAAGAAGUCGAAAAGUACCUCGAGCUGGAAGAUCUGAACCGCAACGCACCUGUAUCCGCAUUCCUGCGGGUGGUGGAAUACUUCGAGGGAAUUUUAAUUCUGACACGAACCGGUCUCGACGAGGACCAGCGACGUCUCAUUUGGGAGACUUUCAUUGAGAGACUGUGGGAGUUUGAAGCUGGUUGUGUUGAUAUUCAUGAUCUGCGCAUGAAUUUGGACGUGCUCAAGAAAGAGAGGUUGAAUGGUCAGCAAAUCCGGAAUGUUAUCACCACUGCUCGUCAGUAUGUCAAGUGGCAGAAGAAAUUUCUCACGCAUGAGCAUCUCAAGGACGUUAUUCGGGUUUCGGCACGUUUUGAUGCUUUUUUGGAAAUCUGCAUCGUCCAGCCACGAGGAGUUGAGGGCCGCUGA